AUGGCAAACUCCGGCCCGUGGGAAAACUCAGGCCCGUGGGCAAACUCAGGCCCGUGGGCAAACUCAGGCCCGUGGGCAAACUCCGGCCCGUGGGCAAACUUAGGCCACGGGCAAACUCCGGCCCAUGGGCAAACUCAGGCCGUGGGCAAACUCCGGCACGUGGGCAAACUCCGGCCCGUGGGCAAACUCAGGCCACGGGCAAACUCCGGCCCGCGGGCAAACUCAGGCCGUGGGCAAACUCCAGCCCGUGGGCAAACUCAGGCCGUGGGCAAACUCCGGCCCGUGGGCAAACUCCGGCCCGUGGGCAAACUCCGGCCCGUGGGCAAACUCAGGCCCGUGGGCAAACUCAGGCCCGUGGACAAACUCAGGCCCGCGGGCAAACUCCGGCCCGCGGGCAAACUCAGGCCGUGGGCAAACUCCGGCCCGUGGGCAAACUCAGGCCGUGGGCAAACUCCGGCCCGUGGGCAAACUCCGGCCCGUGGGCAAACUCCGGCCCGUGGGCAAACUCAGGCCCUCUCGGCUUCAGUCUCUCCUCUGUCCCCUCAUCUCUCCCCUCCCCUCUCUCCUCUCUCCUCUCCUCUCUCCUCUUCUCUCUCCCUUCCUCUCUCCCCUCCUCUCUUCCCUCCCCUGUCUCCUCUCUCCUCUCUUCUCUCCCCUUCUCUCCCCUCCCCUCCUCUCUCCUCUCUCCCUUCCUCUCUCCCCUCCUCUCUCCCCUCCUCUCUCCUCUCAUCUCUCCCCUCCUCUCUCCCCUCCUCUCUUCUCCCCUCUCCCCUACUCUCUCCCUUCGUCUCACCUCUCCUCUCUCCCCUCCUCACUCUCCUCUUCUCUCCCCUCCCCUCUCUCCUCUCUCCUCUCUUCUCUCCCCUCCCCUCCUCUUCUCUCCCCUCCUCUCUCCUCUCCUCUCUCCCUUCCUCUCUCCCUUCCUCUCUCCCCUCCUCUCUCCUCUCCUCUCUCCCUUCCUCUCUCCCCUCCCCUCCUCUUCUCUCCCCUCCUCUCUCCUCUCCUCUCUCUCUCUCCUCUCUCUCUUCCUCUCUCCCCUCCUCUCUCCUCUCCUCUCUCCCUUCCUCUCUCCCCUUCCUCUCUCCCCUCCCCUCCUCUCUUCUCCCCCCCCCUCUCCUCUCCUCUCUCCCUUCCUCUCUCCCUUCCUCUCUCCCUUCCUCUCUCCCCUCCUCUCUUCUCUCCCCUGCUCUCUCCUCUCCUCUCUCCCUUCCUCUCUCCCUUCCUCUCUCCCCUCCUCUCUCCUCUCCUCUCUCCCUUCCUCUCUCCCCUCCUCUCUCCUCUCCUCUCUCCCUUCCUCUCUCCUCUCCUCUCUCCCCUCCUCUCUCCUCUCCUCUCUCCCUUCCUCUCACCUCUCCUCUCUCCCCUCCUCUCUCCUCUCCUCUCUCCUCUCCUCUCUCCCUUCCUCUCUCCCCUCCUCUCUCCCCUCCUCUCUCCCCUCCUCUCUCUCUCUCCUCUCUCCCCUCCUCUCUCCUCUCCUCUCUCCUCUCCUCUCUCUCUCCUCUCUCCCUCCUCUCUCUCUCUCCUCUCUCUCCUCUCCUCUCUCCCUUCCUCUCUCCCUUCCUCUCUCCCCUCCUCUCUCCCCUCCUCUCUCCUCUCAUCUCUCCCCUCCUCUCUCCCCCUCCUCUCUUCUCCCCUCUCCCCUACUCUCUCCCUUCGUCUCACCUCUCCUCUCUCCCCUCCUCACUCCCCUCUUCUCUCCCCUCCCCUCUCUCCUCUCUCCUCUCUCUCUCUCCCCUCCCCUCCUCUUCUCUCCCCUCCUCUCUCCUCUCCUCUCUCCCUUCCUCUCUCCCCCCCUCCCUCCUCUUCUCUCCCCUCCUCUCUCCUCUCCUCUCUCCCUUCCUCUCUCCCCUCCUCUCUCCUCUCCUCUCUCCCUUCCUCUCUCCCCUCCCCUCCUCUUCUCUCCCCUCCUCUCUCCUCUCCUCUCUCCUCUCCUCUCUCCCUCUCUCUCCCUCUCUCUCUCCUCUCUCUCCUUCCUCUCUCCCUUCCUCUCUCCCCCCCCCUCCUCUCUCUCUUUCCCCUCCUCUCUCCUCUCCUCUCUCCCUCCUCUCUCCCUCCUCUCUCCCCUCCUCUCUCCUCUCCUCUCUCCCUUCCUCUCUCCCCUCCUCUCUCCUCUCCUCUCUCUCCCUCCUCUCUCCUCUCUCCCCUCCUCUCUCCUCCUCUCUCCCCCCCCCCCCCCCCCCCCCCCCCCCCCCCCCCCCCCCCAUCAUCUCUCUGCGGCGGUAG